CUCCCAUCCAGCUUUCCUCUCCCGCCCACUAGUUGGUUCCUGCUUAGUGUUUGGUGUUAAGAGCAGAGACGAAACCAGAAAGAAGGUCUCAACAGCCCUUUUCUCUCAAGAUUUGGUCUUUUGCUGUUGCAACUUCUAAUCCUGCAGUUUCACUCUCUUAGGACAACCAUGCUCCGUUUGACUGCAGGACGCGUGAGAAGCCUCCUGGCCGGGCGCGCGACAGCCGCCUUCUCCACCAGCAGCGCGAGGAUGGCGAGCCACGAUCACGAGGUGGCAGAGUCAGUGGACAUGUCUAAGCCAUUGUACUGGGACCGUCUGGAUACACCUCUGCCUGACAGACCCUACAAAGAAGACCUGACCGCUGCUGACAAGAGCCUGAAACAGAAGGAGAAGGGACCCUGGGGCCAGCUUACUAAAGAGGAGAAGAUUGCCUUGUAUCGGCUAAUGUUCUGCCAGACCUACUCAGAGAUGAAGCAGCCGUCGUCAGAGUGGAAGACUGUCUUUGGGGGUAUCUUCAUCUUUUUGGGGUUUACCGGCCUGGUGGUCUGGUGGCAGGCGCUCUAUGUCUAUCCUCCGCGUCCCAGGACCUUUGAUGACGAGUGGAAAGCCAAACAGCUAAAGAGGAUGUUGGACAUGAGGGUCAACCCCAUCGAGGGCUUUUCCGCCAAGUGGGAUUAUGAGAAGGGCCAGUGGAAGUAAAGAGACUGUGGCUGAAGCGGUACAGAGGUUGGACCGGUCACCUCAGAGCUGUGCAGCUACUGUUGAAGUAGAACUGAAUUUGAAUGUUGUAUUAUCAAUGUCAAAACCACUACAAAGAUUGAGUUCCACUGUCAGCAACUGUGCUCUGUGCCACCUCUGACUUGGUCAGUAGCCUCUUGUCCAAUCACUGCAGCCUUCUGUCAUGGUGAUAACUGUGUCAGUCCUGUUGUAACCACAUAUUAAUAAAGUUUUGCUUAUG